UUUUUAGCCAUUCGUCUUUCAUACGCGCUGCUCUCGCUUUGAGCUAAGGUCUUAAAUUAAGUUUAACAAGUGUUUAUUUUGUGAAAACACAUAUACUUGUGCUAAAAUCCAACAUCAACUGUUUUGUGCGUGAAUUUCUAAUGGCUGAAGCUGCAAAACCAGAAAGUUCCCAAGGCGUUCCCGGCGCCACACAAAGGCGCAAGCAUCGACGAGGAAAGAAAUCCAAAAUGCUGCCCAAGAAGACGAAGAAUCAGUAUCCGCCCUGGAAAAUGGAUAUGGGAGCCGUGGCAACCAUGAACAGCGCAAAUGCCGGCUGCAGCAGUGGAGCUCGCACCAAACUCGUUCGCUCGCGUUCGCUGCUGGUGCCCUACAACACGAAUCGUUUCCUGAUGGAGGAGCAUAUGUCUGAGUUGCCCAGAGACGAUUUUGAAGAUAAUUGCUUCGGCUCACAAACCGAGGAUCAGGAAUUGUUUCUGUCCAAGGAAUUCUCAAACGUCUACGAACGUGCGCGAGUCGAGCGACUAGAGACGAUGAGUAAACAGGAGCUCAUACAAGAGUGCCUGCAAAUCGAGGAUCGGUACGCUAAAGAUCAAGGACGACAGCGUCAACUAAGUCUCAAUGCACAAAACAUAUCAAAGGAGUUUGGUGCCAAAAUUCGCGCUCUGGAAGAAAAGAUUCGUGAUUUAACGCGCGAAAAUCAAAUGCUGCGAUCACAUAUGAUACGACCGCGAUCGCCGACCCUACUCGUUGGGAUCGCAGCGGCGGCAUCACCUCCCUCGGCAUCCGCUCCAACGGCGAGUGCCGCCUGUGAACUGGAGGCGCGCCAGCAACCCCAAGAGCCGACGCCCAUGGACUCGUCUAGUGAGGACAGUGAAAGUGACAGCAGCAGCUCCACAUCUAGCACUACAUCCAGCUCAUCCUCGACCAGCGAUGGCCACGAAAUGGGCGUCGCAGGCUUAAAUAUAGCCAACGGCCAUGCGGAGUCUCGCGCCAAUCGGCAUAGUCGCAGCCAUUCACGAUCGCCUCAGCUGGUGAUUGAAGCCCACCAGAACGGGCAUGCCAACGAGGAGGAGCAGUUGCUUCUGUUGGACGCCAACCGCAUGGAGGACGAUGACAACUCCAGUGAGGAUGCCAAGAAUAACGAUGCCGUCAACGGAGAGCCCAAUUAAACUGUUCCGUGUGAAAUUAAUUGGGUUCUCGAACUGUACAUAGAUGAUCUAAUACUUGUGGUAGAAACGUUGCAUGAUUUAGGAAAACUCUGUUAACGUUUAAGUAGUUUUUAACACCUAAGUUGUAGCCAUAAGCUUAUUAAAAAGACACCUUGGAAUAAUUAUAUGAUAUACCUAACCCCUGGAGAAAAUAACUGAAUUGAAGUUACUUCAAAUUGAACGCAAAAAAAUGCAAAUGCUUUUUAUGUAGUUUUAACAUGCUUGUGCUAUAAUCAAAAGCUUCAAAUCC